AUGAGAAAAAGCAAGGCCCCGUCCACCAGGAGAGACGAUAUCGAGAAGCUCUUCAACAAUUAUGCCUCAGGCCAGACCACGCUACCCGGCUGCUCCCUGCUCAGGUUUCUCCAAAAGGAGCAGCUGGAGCUCGCAGCCGACGAGGCCACGGUCCAGAGCUUGAUCGAGAGCUACGAAAUCGAAGAGGCGGCCAUACAUAAUCAGUGCAUGACAUUUGAAGGCUUCCACCGCUACAUGGAGUCCAAAGACUGCUGUGUUUUCAAUCAAUCCCACAAGUUUGUGUACCAGGACAUGAAUCAGCCACUCAGCAGCUACUUUAUCUCUUCAUCGCACAACACCUACUUGACAGGAGACCAACUCAUUGGCAAAAGCCACCUGGAUGCCUACAUUUGUGCUUUGAAGAAAGGCUGCCGCUGUCUGGAGAUAGACUGCUGGAACGGACCAGGUAUGGAGCCCAUUGUCUACCAUGGUUACACCCUGACCACAAAGAUUCUCUUCAAGGAUGUUAUUGCAACUGUGGGACAGUAUGCUUUUGAGGCGUCUAUUUACCCGGUGAUCUUGUCUCUGGAGAACCAUUGUUCCAAGAAACAGCAGGAAGUUAUGGCUCACCACCUCACCUCUAUACUAGGAAACAAGCUGGUUGAUGUGCGCUUAGAUCACCAGACCACGGGAGACCUCCCAAGCCCAAAUGACCUAAAGUAUAAGAUCCUGAUCAAGAAUAAAAAACUAAAGCCCAAUGCUAGAAUAGAUGGAGCAUCAGGGACAGAGGCAGAUGACAGUGCAGAUGAGGGCUGGGAGGAGGAGGAGGAGGAGGAAGAAGAGGAGGAAGAGGAAGAGCAUGAGGUGGAUCAACCGACCAGAUCAAGGUUCUGGUCCCUGAGAAAGUCAAGCUUAAAAAAGAAAAAGAAGAAGGUGGUGGUAGCGGACGCUCUGUCCGACCUCGUCAUAUACACUGUGUCUGUCAAGUUCACCAGCUUCAGUCACUCCAAAGACAAUCAGAAGUCCUGUGAGAACACAUCCAUGGCUGAGAAAAAAGCCCGCAAGCUGGCCAAAGUUUCAGGUAAAGAUUUUGUUCUGCACAACCAGAGAUUCUUGACCAGGAUUUAUCCCGCGGGCUCCAGGACAUCCUCGUCCAAUUACAACCCUCAAGAGUUCUGGAACGUUGGAUCGCAGCUCGUGGCACUUAAUUUCCAGUCCCCAGGAUUGGCCAUGGACCUUAAUGAUGGCCGUUUCCAAGACAACGGAGGCUGCGGCUACGUCCUUAAGCCUGCUGUGCUCAUGUCUCGUGAAAGAAGCUUUGAUCCAAGCUGCAGUCAACGUGGUGUUGCACCAACACUCCUGCUGCUCAAGGUUAUAUGUGGGUCCAAUUUACCGCUUCCAAAAAUGGGGAAGAAUCUGUACCCCUUCGUCAGAGUUGAGAUCCACGGGAUCGGAUCGGACUGCAACAGAAAAAACACAAGCACAGUCAAAAACAACGCUUUGAACCCCUACUGGGAUUCCGACAUGAACUUCCGCAUCAGCAUUCCCGACGUGUGUCUCAUCCGCUUUUGUGUCCGAGACCAGACCGGCUUUCUGUCCAGUGACUUCGUGGGCCAGUACACGCUGCCUUUCAGCAGCCUGAGAAGAGGAUAUCGCUGGGUACCUCUUCAGUCCCGAUCAGGAUGCAGUUUGGAUCCAGCCUCUCUUUUCGUUUAUGUCUGGUAUUCCUAA